AUGCGUUCGCGUCUUCCUCAAUCACCUCUCACACCUUCUUCAGUCGGCUACUUCGCAGGCACGGGUGAAGUUAAGCUCAAACGAUCGCUUUCCAUUCGAUCUACUCAGUUUUGGUCAUUGGCACACUACUGCAUGACUAAUACUCAAAAUCAACUGAAGCGAGAUGGUGUUCCAUUAACGAUGAAUAUUUUUGCUGAUGUGUUGAGAAAUGAACAAGAAUUCGACGAAACUCGUCAACUCUUUCCAGAAGGACGAUUUUCAGAAUUUGGCUUUUCAAAUAUUGGUAAAUAUCCGUUUUCCUGCAAAUACAAUGAAGGUGAAGUACAACUGCAAGGUAUUCAUGUCAUCAACAAUAUGAGUGUCUAUCGUACUUCAACCGAUCUCUUUAUCACUUGUACGGAUAGCAAACAGUUAGACUUUGCUAUGGCACAUGAAAUGGAGAGUGAUGAAAUGGCACAAGAUUUUCUUGAUUAUUACUUGCGUCUUAUUGAACUCUGUGCUGAUAGUGAACGUUGUAAAAGUGAAACAACUCUACAUGAACUAUUAAAAAUGAUGGAAUGA